CGCUUCUUUUAUUCAACACACUUCUUUAAUUGUAUGACAACAAUACUUCAAUGGCGUGCUUGCAAAUCCCGAUGGGCUCUUGGCUAUUAAUAAUACUCUGAGAGGAAGCAAAAAGUCUUGAGAGUUAGAGUUGGUACUUCACAGGAGCUGAGUUCAAGUGGGAUGGAAAGGAAACAUCUUGAAUAUGUGUUGGUUCCGCUUGGUUUUGCGGUGCUGGUGAGCUACCAUCUAUGGUUGGCAGUCACCAUUUACUGGAGACCGAAAAGAACAGUCAUUGGAAUCAACGCCGAAUCCCGCCGGCAAUGGGUCUCCACCAUGAUUUCAGAUCCCAUGAAGAAUGGUGUUCUCGCAGUCCAAAUCAUACGAAACAAUAUCAUGGCUUCCACGCUUAUGGCCACGACAACAAUCACCAUUGGCUCGUUGCUUAGUGCUUUUGUAAGCAGCACAUCAAGUACUGGAAAGUACCAUUACAUUGUACUGUGUUUCCUCGUUGCAUUUCUUUGCAAUGUGCAGUCUAUUCGAUACUAUGCUCAUGCCAGCUUCUUAGUCACUUUGCCUGCUGGUGAAAGCAGAAUGGAUUAUUUUGCUGGAAUCUUGAACCGGGGAAGCUUAUUUUGGUCACUCGGACUGCGAGCUUUCUAUUUUGCAAUUCCUCUCUUCCUCUGGAUCUUUGGACCUCUUUCAAUGUUCUUGAGUUCCUGCCUUAUAACAUUUGUGCUUUACUUCUUGGACUUUACUAGAACUUCCAGCUAUGAUCCUUAUGAAUAUCUGCAAAAGGAAGAAGUGAACAACAAUGACAUUGAAUCUGUUGGUCAAUCAAGGGGAAACAACUUCGCCGUAAGCUCCCGCCUUCACUCUCCUCUACUUGCAAGUUACAGUAUGACCUCCAAUUGCAAUGAUUCUGCAGAUCAAAGCUGAAAAACAUUUUGUUAAACCUUACUCUUUUAAGCUAUUGCUAUUAUUGAGAAUCGAGUUUGGGAAGAGAAUGGAUACACAUUUCCUAUGUUUAGAGUCCAUAGGCAUUGUCUGAAUGUGUGCUAACUGUUUAAACUUUCCUCUCCCUAAACUCGGUUAAGCUGCUAUUUUCUCUCCCUUUGAUCGAGCUGCUAUUUUUCUGUUUUCACUUGAGAAUGACACUCCUGGCUUGACUCAAAAAUAGGUCGCGUCCGCUCUCGUUUAUUCCUAUGGCAGGUAGGCAGCCAGUUGGAAGGGAGUUUGAUCUCUUACUUGGGAGUAUAUAUGUUUGAGUUAUGUUCGGUUGACAAAGGACUAGAAUAUAAACUAUGUAUAGAUGUUUUAUCCUAUGAAAUGUUAUGUAAACCAUGAUUGAUAUCGAUAUCAAACUACCAUUCAUCUCGUCUUAUAGCUAUUGAGUUUGUGUGGAGUCUCGUUAAGGGUCGUUUUCUAUCUCAACCAUAUCAUUAUAAUCAGACACUUCAC